UUCGUUCCCAGCAUACGCCGCGAUACGCCACCGAAAGGGGUUAGCGAUCGCGGAAAAACCCAGCGAAAAGCUCAACGCAUUAACAGCUAAUCAGCAAAAAAAAAAACAGUGGGCACUUCAACCGCAACAGCAGCAACACUUGGCAUUGUUCUUUUUUUGUGAUUGGUGAUUGACAAUCAAACGGCAAACGGAUCUUGGAUCCACGGCGGAUACUACCAACGUAGUGAAAGAUCGUACCAGUUCUGUGCUAGGAAGAACUUUGGUGCAUCCCUUACGAAAAGGCGUUGGCCGACCGAUUGCAUUGCUGUUUGCUGUAUUUGCCGUCGUGAACGUGAACGGGAGCGCCCUUCUGCAACUCAGCAUUUCCCAGCUCGAUUCGGCCGGUUAAUAAACUCCAGGUGUCCCCCCAGUGUGUGUCUGUCCGCCCGUGUGUAUGCGUUUGUGUGCCUUGGUGUGAUAUCAAGUUCUGGAGACGCGGAACCAAUUGGCAGAUUGCCGGUGUUUUCGGUUCGGUGUUUCUAGGUUUGGAGGUUUACCAGUUCCGUCGACAACGUACUCCUAGCACACGAGGACACGCCGUUGAGUCUUUGUUGGUGUGUCUGGCGGCCAGUUUAGUGCAUUUAACAUUGUUUAGAAAGGACUAGCGAGAGCGUGCUCUCUUUCGCCUUCCAGUCACACUCUGCACAGAACGAUGGAGCUGAUCACAAACGUACAGGCGGGCUGGCGGUACCUGAUGGAUGAGGUGUCGGAUCCGCGGACGCGCGAUUGGCCUCUGAUGAGCUCCCCUUUUCCCACCAUGGCUAUCAGCUUGUGCUAUGCCUACAUCGUGAAGAUCCUCGGACCGAAGCUGAUGGAAAAUAGGAAACCAUUCGAACUGCGGAAGGUGCUGAUCGUCUACAACUUCCUGCAAGUGCUCUUCAGUACGUGGCUGUUUUACGAGGCGUGUGUUUCCGGAUGGCUCGCUGGGUACAGCUUGCGCUGCCAACCCGUCGACUACUCGUACUCGCCCCUUGCCCUGCGGAUGGCAUCCGGAUGCUGGUGGUACUACUUCUCCAAGUUUACCGAGUUCUUCGACACGUUCUUCUUCGUGAUGCGUAAGCGGUACGAUCAGGUGUCGACGCUGCACGUCAUCCACCACGGAAUUAUGCCCAUGUCUGUCUGGUGGGGUGUAAAGUUUACUCCAGGUGGUCACAGCUCUUUCUUCGGUCUGCUGAAUACCUUCGUGCACAUCAUCAUGUACGCGUACUACAUGCUGGCCGCGAUGGGACCGAAGGUUCAGAAGUAUCUCUGGUGGAAGAAGUAUCUCACCGUGCUGCAGAUGGUCCAGUUCAUCCUGGUCAUGGCACACGCCUUCCAGCUGCUGAUCUGGAACGACUGCAACUAUCCGAGCGCGUUCGCCUACUUCAUCGGUGCCCAUGCCGUCAUGUUCUACUUCCUCUUCUCGAACUUCUACAAACAGGCGUACGCGGUGCGAAAACAGGCCAAGAAGGAAAAGGAUGAAAAGAUGGCCCUGGCCAACGGUAACGUGGAGGGUGUACCGAACAAGAACAUCAGCACCAGCAGCAACAACAACAACAACAACGUGAAUGGAAAGCCCGACUUUUACCAGACCAUCGAUAAGACCGUCGAGGACAGCUACUCGACCACGCGACACCGAGCAUUCGUCGGCUUCGGCAGUAACUAAGCGGCACUUUGAGCGCGAAAUUGAUAACCGUAAUGUGAUCUUUUCACGCAAUUGGGCGCCUCACUCGGUACCACCUCUCUAUUCUCGCCUUCACCGUCCCAAAUCGGCGAUCCCGUUCCGGCUGGCGAUCCACGCUUCCGCAUAUACGACGAUCACAAACUCCAUCCCGUUAUGCUGCCAGUGAUCGCCCAUCAAUGUACUGAGAAUAUUCUUAAACUGAUACGGAUGUAAGAACCCGCGAGCGAGAUUUGCAUCCGAAUGUAGUAUUGUAAGUCACUGUUCUGCACUCUCGCGCACGCUCGUCCUCGUCCGGAACUAGUACGCUGCGUUGCACUUUCGUACUUCUUUCCUCUCUUUUUUUUUUUGGUAUUUACCCUUUAAUGCAAAUUUGGUGGUGAUUGUGUAACUUCUUUUACUGCAGCUUUCACUCACUGUCGUUCUGCGACACACGGCGUGCAAGUUUGAUCAACCCUUUGCUCACUCGAUCGAUAAGACGAUGCUCAGCGUGAGGCAUCCAGGGGGGGGGAGGAAGAACAAAAACACGGAAUGGUAGGGUAAUUAACAUACCUAGACUUUAGACCAGCGUCUACACAAAAAAUAGCAACUAGAAUAGCAUAAGCUAGUGUAUAAGGAGACCGCGUGAGAAACGAGGAAAGGGUAGAGGGAAGGUGCUAGUGAUGUAAGGAACGGGCAAACGAACCGCUUAGCGAUGGUGCCUUUGCCACUCGCGCUGCAGCCUUGGUUUAGCCUUUUAAGAGAUUUCUUGUACUGCUCCUGUACGCAGGACGAUCAUUCUCGCCGGGAUCGAUCGGAUGAGGAAUGCUUGCCCGCAUUUCAAUUCGCCGAAUGGAGCCGAGCCACUCCUCGUCGCUGCAAUCAAAGAUAUGACUCGAUACCGCGAGGGUAGGUUUUUGACGAUCUUCAUCGUAAUCGUGCACACCAAUCAAAUCAUCAUUUCAUUUUAUGAUUUUGUAAUAAAUUGAUCGACAAUAAAUACAUCGAAGAAACCUGUA